AUGUGGUCACCGUCCCUCCUGCUCACGACCGUGCUCUCGUGGUCGGUGAGCGUCUCGGCCACGAUUCUGCAGAACGGACAGCCGAGAGACGAUCCUUACCCGGGACAAGUGUCCACCAUCGAUCUCGACAGCUCAUGGAGGAACUACGAUGCCGAUGCGCCUGAGAUUUCAUACAAAGGACGAUGGGAUAGCAAACAUAUUUCCUGGUGGUCAGCACCGGGUAUCAAGCUGCAAUUCUCCGGAAGCAAGCUUGCGAUAAGUUUCGGUGAACACACCUCCGAGGGCACAUUGGUCGCUUACCGGCUCGGGAGGCUUGACUGGCGGUUUUCGAAUGUCACCGCCGACGCCACAUACCAGUUUGUCGGACCGGGCACGGAAUACGAGGAAUUGCCGCUUGAGGGAGACAAUAUUUUUGAGAUGAGAGUCCAGAUCGCCGGCGCAUCCGUCGACGUCGACGCCCAGCUGAAAAAGCCCCCGCAAUAUAAGAAGAAGGUGGAAAUUAUCGGAGGAUCCCUCACGGGUGGACAAUACGCGACCUACGAAACACUCUCGUCAUGGGCCUUUGUCUACGCGCAGGGUCUCGGCAAUGUUGAAUUCGGCAUCACAGCAUACCCCGGAGCUUGUCUCGUCGAUUUACAAUGUUACGGUGGCGGCGCCCACGGCAUGAUCUGGUACUGGCACCGAGCCUCCGACCCUGGCUCUCGCGCACGCGCCAUGUACGACCACGAGCCGGAAGAGUACGACGUGACGGCCGAGCAACCCGCCGACCUGGUCAUCAUCCAAAUGGGCGGCAACGACCACCGCAGCCCGAACGAGAUCCCCGGAGAAAACUUCUACCAGGGAUACAUCGACCUCAUUGAAGAUAUCCACCACCACUGGCCGGACGCCGAGAUUGUCAUUAUGACCCAGUGGGGCGUCUGGAACCAAGAAGGUGACGAGUACGAGCAGACUGUCAUCUACGAAGAAGAGAUCCAGCGCGUGUACGAACACUUCAAGGACCGCAAGUGGCGGUUCGUCUAUCUCUUCCACACAGAUGGCAUCCUCGGCCACAACGACAUCAACCCCAAGAACCAUCCCACGGACGUCGGGCACAUUAAAAUCGCCAGCCACAUGCUGCAGUGGACCAACCUCAUGCUGGGCUGGGAGCUGAAUCCGCGCGGCGAGAUGCAGCACGGGACGCUUUACUGGAACAAUAUGGAGAAUUAUUAG